AUGCCGUCGCCGGACGCGGCGGCGAGGCACACGGGCGCCGGCGUGGCGCGUCGGCAGGCCCACCACGAGCGGAUGCGCGACGAGCGCGCUCGGGAGGCGGCCGCGGGCAACGCGGAGCUUCCGCCGGAGGACGACGCGGUCGAGAUGGUGAGCGCCGUCCAGCUGCUGGACAGCGUGGCGGAGGCGGGCCCGAACUACACCCUGCUGCGCAGCAAGGAGACGAAGGCGAAGCGGCGGAAGCGACAGCGCGAGGAUGGCAGGGCGGCGCUCAACGGCCACACUGUCCUGCCCACCGGAUCGCGCCUCGAGAUCUUCUGCGACACCGAGCGGUGGUACCCCGCGACCGUCAUGGGCCGGGAGGAGGACGGGGACGGACGGAUCGCGCACCAGGUCGAGUACGACGGCUACCCGGAUCGGCGGUGGUGGCACAUGCUGGACGACGAGCGGUGGCGAGCCGUCCCAGAGCAGGCCGGCACGGGCGCAGGAGGCGCCGCCGCAGACGUGGACGGGGAUGCGGCGAUGGACCGCGCGGACGGCGAGGGCGCCCGUGCCGCGGGUGCCGCCGAGGCGGCCGAGGUGCGGCCGGCGCCGCCUCCCGCGUGCCGGGGUGUGCGGCGCAGCGCGCUGGCGGACGUCCUCGAGGCGGAGGACGACGAGCGGCAGGACGAGGCUGCGCGUGGCGACGAGCAGCCGAUGCUAGCGCCCCACGGGCCGGCGCUGUCGGUGCAGCUUCGGCGCGUGCGCCUGCAGCUGCGCGAGUUCCUUGCAACGCAGGCCGCGGCAGGGAAGAGCGUGCCGAUGCAGCGGACGGCCCUCGGUCUGCACCCGACGAUGCGGUGGACGAUCCGCUUCGGCAAGUGGCUGGCGACGACGCGAGUCAGAGCAUUGAGGGCGAGCCGGUGGCACGCGACCGAGCGGGGCGACGCGCGGGAGGAGGAGCCGACGGUGCGCACGGGUCGCGGCGAGAGCACGGUCUACGUCGCGCUGCAGCACAUGAAGAACCACGUGUGGCGCGAGAUCUGGCCGGCGAUGCCGAGCGACGCGAGGCAGUACUGGCGGCUGGUGACCAACCAGGUGAUGUCGCUGUUCGACGGCGGCGGCGGCGGGAUGAAGGACGCGGCAGGAGCCGCCGGCCGGGCGGCGGGCCGCGAGGCGGCGCGGGAGAGCGCGUCGCACGGGCAGAGCGAGGCGGCGCAGCGGGCGGCGAGCGAGAGGGCGAGCGCCGAGGCGAGCCGGCGGACGAUGGCCGAGCUGCGCGAGGCGACGACGAAGCCGUGCACGAGGCAGCACCUCUUCCAGGUGGGAGAGUACCAGAUGCAAGACACGCAGCUGCUAGAGCCGUUCGAGGUGAACGUGGCCUUCAUCAUGAACGCCUACUUGUGCUUCGCGCGGCAGACCGGGCACGAGCUGCCGCCGCUGACGAUGGGCGACCUGUCCAUCGCCGCGGAUGUGCUGCUGCGGGGACUAGACGGGGCGGGCGUGAUGACCGAGGGCGACUUCGAGGCCCUCCUCCGAAUGGAGGUGACCUUCGCGCGCAAGAAGGGCGAGUACUACGCGUGCUACGAGUUCGGGACGGCGAUCACGCCCGACUCGGACCAGAUGAUGCGCAUCGUCUCGCGGAGAGUGAUGGCCGGAGGAGCGGGCGUGGCGGUGAGGGCGUGCUUGACGGGCGGGGCGGCGGCGGGGGCGGCGGGCAGGGCGAAUGGGGCGCUGGCGCGAGGAGUGUCGCUUGCCGGCGGGCUGAUGGCGCUGGGGUGA